UCUUCCAAGAUGGCGGCCCGUCCGUCGCGAGCAGCCGGGCCGGGGGGAAGCCAGCGAAGCCGAGUAAAGCCGCCGCCCGGGACAGGACUGAAGCAGCAGUUGCCGCCGUUGGCGGCGGCCCGGGCAGUUUCCGCUGCUGCUACGGCUGUUGCCAUGCGGCGAGGCUAGGGAGGACCUCACUCCCCCGGGGUGUAAUGAUGUUAACAGAGGCCAGUCUAUCCAUAUGGGGAUGGGGAAGCCUUGGCAUUGUCCUUUUUCUAAUAACCUUUGGACCCUUUGUAAUAUUUUAUUUGGCAUUUUAUAUCCUCUGCUUUGUGGGAGGGGGUUUAGUGGUUACUCUUCUGUAUGGGAAAACUAACUCAGAAAAAUACCUAGAGCAGUGUGAACACUCAUUUCUUCCUCCAACAUCAUCUGGGGUUCCUAAGUGCUUAGAAGAAAUGAAACGAGAAGCCAGGACUAUUAAGAUUGACAGAAGAUUGACGGGUGCCAAUAUAAUUGAUGAGCCUCUCCAGCAAGUUAUCCAGUUUUCCUUGAGGGAUUAUGUCCAGUACUGGUAUUACACAUUAAGCGAUGACGAGUCAUUUCUUCUGGAAAUUAGGCAAACUCUGCAGAAUGCACUCAUUCAGUUUGCUACUAGGUCAAAAGAAAUCGACUGGCAGCCUUAUUUUACUACACGCAUUGUAGAUGAUUUUGGCACUCACCUACGAGUAUUCAGAAAGGCUCAACAGAAAGUAACAGAGAAAGAUGAUCAAGUCAAAGGUACAGCAGAAGAUCUGGUAGAAACCUUUUUUGAAGUUGAAGUUGAAAUGGAGAAGGAUGUUUGCCGAGAUCUAGUGUGCACUUCUCCCAAAGAUGAAGAAGGAUUCCUAAGGGAUUUGUGUGAGGUUUUAUUAUAUUUAUUGCUACCUCCUGGAGAUUUCCAGAGCAAGAUCAUGCGAUACUUUGUCAGGGAAAUCCUUGCACGAGGAAUUCUUCUUCCAUUAAUAAAUCAACUCAGUGAUCCUGAUUAUAUUAAUCAAUAUGUCAUAUGGAUGAUCCGUGAUUCAAAUUGCAACUAUGAGGCCUUUAUGAACAUUAUUAAAUUAAGUGACAAUAUUGGAGAGUUAGAAGCAGUCAGAGAUAAGGCGGCAGAAGAGCUACAGUACCUUAGAUCUUUAGAUACAGCCGGUGAUGAUAUUAACACUAUCAAAAAUCAAAUAAAUAGCUUAUUAUUUGUAAAGAAAGUAUGUGACUCAAGAAUACAGCGGUUACAGUCAGGCAAAGAAAUAAAUACUGUGAAGCUAGCAGCAAACUUUGGGAAACUUUGUACAGUCCCCUUGGACAGCAUUCUUGUAGAUAACGUUGCACUACAAUUUUUUAUGGAUUAUAUGCAGCAAACUGGAGGCCAAGCACAUCUCUUCUUUUGGAUGACAGUGGAAGGGUACCGGGUCACAGCCCAGCAGCAGCUAGAGGUUCUCUCUAGUCGUCAGAGAGAUGGCAAACAGCAGACUAACCAAACCAAAGGUCUUUUAAGAGCAGCAGCUGUUGGAAUUUAUGAACAGUAUUUAUCUGAAAAGGCAUCUCCAAGAGUUAUUGUUGAUGACUAUUUAGUAGCAAAAUUAGCAGAUACUUUGAAUCAUGAAGAUCCAACUCCAGAAAUCUUUGAUGACAUACAAAGAAAGGUAUAUGAAUUGAUGCUACGAGAUGAAAGAUUUUAUCCUUCCUUCAGGCAGAAUGCGCUUUAUGUGCGGAUGCUAGCUGAGCUUGAUAUGUUAAAAGAUCCUAGUUUCAGAGGAUCAGAUGAUGGGGACGGAGAAUCUUUUAAUGGAUCUCCUACAGGAAGCAUAAAUUUGUCUUUAGAUGACCUUUCAAGUGUGACUUCUGAUGAUUCUGUACAACUUCAUGCCUACAUUUCAGACACUGUAUAUGCUGACUAUGACCCAUAUGCUGUGGCAGGCGUUUGUAAUGAUCAUGGCAAGACAUAUGCACUAUAUGCCAUCACUGUACACCGGCGCAACCUCAACACUGAGGAGAUGUGGAAAACCUAUCGGCGUUAUAGUGACUUCCAUGACUUCCACAUGAGAAUCACUGAGCAGUUUGAAAAUCUGUCAAGCAUAUUGAAGCUUCCUGGUAAAAAGACUUUUAACAAUAUGGAUAGAGAUUUCUUAGAAAAGAGGAAAAAGGAUUUAAAUGCCUAUUUGCAGUUACUCUUGGCUCCUGAAAUGAUGAAGGCAUCCCCGGCGUUGGCCCACUGUGUCUAUGAUUUCCUUGAGAACAAAGCCUACAGUAAAGGGAAGGGUGAUUUUGCUCGAAAGAUGGACACUUUUGUAAAUCCGCUUCGCAACUCUAUGAGGAACGUUUCAAAUGCAGUCAAAUCCCUUCCUGAUAGCUUGGCAGAAGGAGUGACAAAAAUGUCGGACAACGUGGGCAGAAUGUCAGAGAGAUUAGGGCAAGACAUAAAGCAGUCAUUUUUUAAGGUACCUCCUUUAAUUACGAAGACUGAUUCAGAUCCUGAACAUUGUCGAGUCUCAGCUCAGCUUGAUGAUAAUGUGGAUGACAAUAUUCCACUUAGGGUAAUGCUGCUUCUAAUGGAUGAGGUGUUCGACUUAAAAGAGAGAAACCAGUGGUUGAGAAGGAAUAUCAAGAAUUUACUCCAGCAACUUAUUAGAGCUACAUAUGGUGAUACUAUUAACAGAAAAAUAGUUGACCAUGUUGACUGGAUGACCUCACCGGAACAAGUAGCUGACUCGGUGAAGCGUUUCAGAGAUGCAUUUUGGCCCAAUGGCAUUUUAGCAGAGACAGUUCCAUGCAGAGAUAAGGCUAUUCGAAUGAGAACAAGAAUUGCAGGAAAAACAAAAUUAUUUGCAAUUAUGCCAGAUGAACUGAAGCACAUUAUUGGAGCUGAGACAACACGGAAAGGUAUUCUUCGUGUUUUUGAAAUGUUUCAGCACAACCAACUAAAUAGGAGAAUGGUGUAUGUCUUCUUAGAAGGCUUUUUAGAAACCUUAUUUCCACAAUAUAAAUUUCGUGAACUUUUCAACAAACUUCAUUCAAGGUCAAAGCAAAUGCAGAAAUAUAAGCAAAAACUUCAAAGUACUCAAGCGCCUUCUUUACAAAAAAGGUGACACUCCAUCUUGUGAAGCUGGUGUUCAUUUUGUCCAGGACUAAUGGUGUGGACAGAUCUUCUGGGGUGUAACUCACAUACUGUUGUGUCUACACCAGUCUCUCCAUGUCUCAAAACAGAUUACUAGUACAUCCGUAAGACUGGUUCUUCUCAUUCUCAUCUGUAAUCCAGCCACUACCAAGAGAGAUCCCUGUGUCUUACAUGAUUUGGUGCAUAAUUUGCAACACUGAGAGGAUACUGCCCUGUCUCAUUCAAGACUGGAGUUGCUCUCUUCUGUUCCAAACUAAUCAGCAUUCUCUCCCAGUGCCAGAGUGCCAGAGAGUGUGUGUGCGAGAGUGAGGGAAGCACAAAACAACGGGUUAUGGGUAACUUAACUAACUACUGUAGCAGCUGCAGACUGCAGUGGAUAAUUGGAGAGAUUUGUUUCACUCAAGGAUCUUGUGGGUCGUCAGCAUUUUGCUAUCAUGUGGGUUAGCAGGUGAGUGAUCUUUAGAACAAUUGUUCAAUUGUUUUAAGGCGGCCUGGGCAAAGUGAGAGAAAGAAUGCCCUUAAUGUAGGAAAUAGCCCUUUCCAAAUUACAGUCUUGUGUAAAGUAAAGCACUAUAAAAUAAAACCAAUCAAAAUCAGAAUUUGGUUGGAUUUAUUAUUCAUUGAUAGAAGUGUUCAUUGAUUUUCUUUUUUAUGUGCUGUAAGGGCUGGGCUUUGCUCUUACGGUUCUCAACUCUCCACUUCUCCUUUGGCAUUCUGUGCAGAAGAAGCAUGUGGUAGCUCUCUUAUGAGUUCAAUUUUUUUUUAAUCUUUUAACAGAUUACUGAUUAUAUAGAAGGGAAAUUAUUUACUGUAAGAACUGCCAAAUACAUUGUCCUUCUAAAAAUUGGAAAUUAAAACAGUACUCUAUUGAAAGUUACCAUAUGAUAACUUUAAAUCGUAUGAUCUAGACAUGCCUUAGGUAACUACCAAUAUAGCAAAUCAAAGAGUUAAUGAGCUUAUAGUCCUAUGUAAACAUACAAUGCCUAAUUCUACUAUGUGUACAUAUAUGAAAAUAAAUAAUGAAAACAGAACUGUACUAUUUUUAAAAAUAUGCUUUUAUUUAUAUUUCGCAUAAUGUAAAAUUCUAAAUAAAGCUAGUACACAAAACCCUUUGGUGUAUACAUUUAACGCCCUAAUAUUUUAUAUCAGUGAAACAAAAUACCUUUUCCAGUUGUGAAGCCUUUGCAUUUCCUAGUGUUCUCUCCAUUUUGUCCAUUAGGAAGUCUUCAUAUCCCAUAUAUGCAGGAUUUCUGUACUUUUAAAUACUUCCAAUGACUAAGGGUUUAGAUAUAUUAGCUCUUUUUGUUUUAAAAAUAUUUAACACUAAAACCUUAAAAUAGUGAAACUACUUUUCAGACCACUGAGCCAGUAUCCUGAUAUUUAAAGAAUGUUUGGGUGCUUAUUGUAAAGGGACAGAGUAUUGAUAAUCCAGAAGAUUGGAAUAGGACUUUGUCUUGCUGUCACUCAGAUUCUUCUUACCCAGUGAAGCCUAGUAGUAAGAGGGAAGCCUUCCUGUAAAGCUUCGUGAUGCUUAUCAGUGCUGUGUGCAUACGUGUAGUAUGCACAUAUUCACCUGAAAGCUUCGUGAUGCCUGUCAGUGCUGUGCAUACGUGUAGUAUGUACAUAUUCACCUGUAAAGCUUCAUGAUGCUUAUCAGUGCUGUGUGCAUACGUGUAGUAUGUACAUAUUCACCUGUAAAGCUUCGUGAUGCCUGUCAGUGCUGUGCAUACGUGUAGUAUGUACAUAUUCAGCAUGUGUUGCAUGUCUUUCAGAAUUACAUAAGUAAAACCCCUUUUUGAAACUUGCAAGUGAGGAAAGAUUGUUUCUCUGGCAGAAGAACUUUUUCCUGUACUCCUGCCCUGCCCUGCUGGCCCUUCAUUGGCCCCAGACUUACAAUUGGAUGCAUCAAGUGAGUAGACAGCAUCAGCAUGGCCACAAGUGCAAUAAUCUCAUACAUAGCCUCCCGUUUCAAUGUUUCAAUAUUGUUACAUAAGUACAUUUAAGUGGAUACAGAAGGAUUCUUGCAAGAGCCUAGUGUGUACAUGUGAAAAGUGUUUCUAUAUAAAGUGAGAAAACUGUCAACCAGGGGAAAAAGAGGUCGUAUAAACUGCAGAUCUUCUCACAGCCCUGCAAGACAACUGCAAUCACACAACACCAAACAAAGAGCAAAAACAAAACUAUGUGUUUUUAAGGGGAUUUUUGUUGAGAAGCAUUUAUAUUUCAGGAGCAGAAAUGUCAAAUGGCCAUGUGUCUGUGCACGGCUGUGUUUUACAACGAAGAGUGUGGCCGUGCUAUAGCUACAGAUAACCUAGGCUUGGUCCAGCUGUGUAGAGUAUUUAACCCAUAAGCAAAGGACAGUGUUCUACGUUUAAUAAAGUUACUAUAUUUUGUGCACUUGUUGCACAUAUGAACAUAUACACAAAAAGGUUUUAUGUCUUCUGCUGAAUGCUUUUAAGUCAGUGGUGCCUUUAGGCAAGAAUCAUCAAAAUUCAUCAUUUUUUUGGGUUUUCUGAUAUUUUUUUCAGGUAGUGUAAAACUGCAAAGAAACCAUCAUAGCUUAUUCACCUACAAUUUGAUUGUGUGACUUAAACGUAGCACUUAGAUGAGUAUUUCCUAUAAUUCGAGUGUUCCAUGUAGUUGCUGGAAACAGUUGUGCCAUUGACCAGUGGAUGCACUUUGUUAGCCUUAAUUUAAAACAAAAAAAAAAUUAUUGAAUAUAUCAGUUUGAUCACUAUAAGUUUGCUGCAGGUGUUUGGGGAAAAAAUAGUUAAGUGCAAUGAAAGUGUACCAGUUUUUAAAAAGAGAAAUUAAGAACAACAUAAAUUUCACAAUCUACAGUUUUAAUUUUGUGCAAUAUUUUCAUUUAAUGCAUGUUUAUUUGAGUAAUUGUACAAUAACUACAUUUUUAAUGUUUUGAAAUCUAAUUUAACUGUCUUCUUAACCCAACAACUUCAUUCUGUUGUUGCUGCACCUUAAUUAAGGACUUGUUUUAAAAGUCUUUUUGUCACUCCUUGUAUAAUUCUUUUCUUAGUAGAAUACUUUUGCUUAUGGGAGCAUGGCUCCUGUGUUAUAAGGGAAAACUAAAGAGCACAUUUUAGGAUUUGAAUUGUUACAAAUUACCUUGUGCAUAUCAUUGUACAUACGUGUCAGUCGUGCCUAACCGCGCUCUAUCAGUGCUCUCCUCCUGUAACCAAGGGGAAAGAAUCAGAAUGUCAGUUAUUUUUAUUAACUACAGAAAUUAAAAUUUUUAUUUGGUUUGUGUUAUGUUCUGUCUGUUAGAAAAUACUAAUAAAGUAUUAAAUGAUUCUGUUGAGUUUA